CACCAAGAAAUACGAUAUUUUUCUGCAUCUAGACAUCUUAUCACGAGUAACAUAGAGAAGCCCAACCCCAAACCAAAUGCUGUCGGGUCGAUUAUCGAUCGACCCGAAUAAGACCCUCUUUCAAUAUUUCUUCAAUCCCAGCUCCGCUCGGCUCUGCAGAUCGUAGCCAGAAGCUAAUUCCUCAGGCAAAAGAGAUCAGGCAAAAAUAAUUUUCCGCCAACUUUAUGCCAAACAGGGUGGGAAUUUUGGUUUCCUAUGUACAACGUGUUGAGUCUUCCUUGAACGUAUUUCACAGGCAGUAAAAGGGACAGACAUCAGAAUGCAAUUAGCAGACAGGGCUGUUGGGUUUCUAUUAUCUUUCAUCAGCAUAUCCAUAUUCACGUAUUAUACUUUUUGGGUGAUCAUUCUGCCAUUUGUAGACAGUGAUCACUUCAUCCACCAGUAUUUCCUCCCGCAAGAGUUCGCCAUACUAAUACCUGUAUUUGCCGGUGUGGUGCUCCUUUGUUUCUUAUGGGUAUUUGUCGGAUUUGUGAUGCUAAAAUCCAAAAAGAAGAAGGCUUGAUGGAAUCAGUUUAGUCAUUUAUUUUUUAUUUCUUAAAAUUAAAAAAAAGAAAAAAAGAAAAAAAAAAAAAGACCCAUAGACCUUAUACUUUUCUUACUCCCCCAUCCCUCCUCCUCUUUUCCAAUAGAUUUUGUGACGAUAUGGACAAGAAUUUUAAUUUAGAUUUGUUGCAGCUUGCAGAUUUUGGAUAUCUGUAUCGUUUUAAUAUUGGAAGCUCACAUUUUAUAUACUAUCUUAGGAUUGAAGCUCAGUUCGGAAAAUAAAAGAUGAGCCACUUCAUGUGCUGCAUUUUGAUUA